CAGGCGGUUCCCUCCCUCCAUCCACCCAUCGUCUCCUGGAUAUGAAGCGGGGUUGGGGGCGCACGGUCUCCGCUCUGCUCUAGGACACCUGCUCCCAUAACGCCCUCGGCUGCUUGGGGCGGGCGCUUCCGGCACUGUUGCAAGACCCCGGGCAUCCGGAACCCUCCAGUGUCGCUGGGAAUAGACGCCAAGGCCUCACCGGCUAAGUGGAUUGACUUCACAGGUUUCCAACUAAUUCCACGUUUUUGAAAGGCGCUGUUUGGAGACCUGGCCUGGGGCCGGCAGCUGUAGUGGAGGGUAGGCGCCCCUCAGACUGAGAUCGCGACUUGUUUGGCCUGCACCACGUUCCUGAAAUGUACAGGUGCACUUCGUGGCCCCAGAGAAGAGGAGUCUGGGGGCGGCGGACGGUGGACCCGGGGGCGUUCAGCUAGACAGGUUAGGUACGCAGUGCGCGUUUUUCGUGCAAAUGAUUAUCGAGGCCUGCGAGCUCGGGACUUUACUAUUCGCACAUUAAAAAAAAGAAAAGGAAUCCGAGAGACCGUGUCACUUGGUCAAAGGCGCCCAGCGGGAAUGGCCAGGCGACCUCCGGGCUCUGAAGUUCUCUGCAGGAGACCCUGAGCCCCGACUUCCCCCACCUAUCUGGGGGCGAGGUCUCCUUCCACGGUCACCGACUCCACGGCACGCGCCCCCACCGCCGCGGGGCGGGGAUCUAGCCCCCGGUCGAGCACGUGGUCACGCGCCAGCCCGGGCGAGGAGACGUGGGCGCCGCUCUAGCCGCCGCGGCGCCGGUGCCGGAGUCUCGCUGGCGUGACGUACUUCCGGGGCGGUGGAGGGGGGGGAAGGCAAGAUGGCGGCUCCCAUGGAAGUGGCCGUGUGUACGGACUCGGCGGCCCAGCUGUGGAGCUGCAUCGUGUGGGAGCUGCACUCGGGCGCCAAUUUGCUCACGUACCGCGGCGGCCAGGCCGGACCCCGCGGCCUGGCGCUGCUCAAUGGCGAGUACCUGCUGGCGGCGCAGCUGGGCAAGAACUACAUCAGCGCCUGGGAGCUGCAGCGGAAGGACCAGCUCCAGCAGAAGAUCAUGUGUCCCGGACCUGUCACCUGUCUGACCACAUCGCCCAAUGGCCUGUAUGUCCUGGCGGGGAUUGCAGAGAGCAUAUACCUGUGGGAGGUCUCCACGGGGAACCUUCUGGUCAUCCUGAGCCGCCACUAUCAGGAUGUGUCAUGCUUGCGGUUCACUGGGGACAGCAGCCACUUCCUCUCGGGGGGCAAAGACUGCCUGGUGCUGGUGUGGAGCCUGUGCAGCGUGCUGCAGGUGGACCCCUCCAGGACCCCAGCCCCCCGGCAUGUCUGGUCUCGUCACACCCUCCCCAUCACAGACCUGCACUGUGGCUUUGGGGGGCCCCUGGCCCGGGUGGCCACCUCUUCGCUGGACCAGACGGUGAAGGUAGGGACCCCCUCCCCCAAGUGGAUCUGUGAGUCACGUCCUGGCAGCUGGCAGGCUCUUGGCCAGCGUGAGCCAGUGAGUCGCCUCCUUUCCCCAGGCUGGCAGCUCCAGACAGCUCCUAAUCCCCCUGAUGCCUCCCGCCUCAAGGACGGCCAGAGGGUGGACGGUCCAGGCCUGCGUCGGCUUGGAAAUUCCCAGUUGGCUGCCUGUGCCUGGCGGCUCCCUGGCCAGACCUCAGGGGAUUUGAGGGCACACUGGCCCUUUGGGCUUGGCGGUGGGCGGGGGCCGGCGGCGGCUAAAGCAGGUGGGGGGAGGGGUCGUGGGCCUGAGAGGCGAGUUCUGCCCCCGGGAAGGCCGGGUCUCUCCGCAUCCCCGCCCCCCGGGGCCACGGCUGCGGCCCCAGUUCCCCGGGGUCCAGAGCGGCCAGAGCUCCUAUCGCACCCACACCCCCAGCUGUGGGAGGUCUCGUCGGGCGAGCUCCUGCUCUCUGUGCUGUUCGACGUGGCCAUCGUGGCCGUGACCAUGGACCUGGCCGAGCACCACCUGUUCUGUGGCGGCAGCGACGGUUCCAUCUUCCAGGUCGACCUUUGCGCCUGGCCUGGGCAGAGAGAGAAGACCUUCCAGCCGGAGCAGGACAGCGGGAAGGCGUUCAGAGGGCACAGGUGCGGGGCGGGGCCAGGAGCGGGAGGGGUCCCGCGCUCGGGCUCUCGGCCUGGGGUCACCCGUGCCGCCCUCCGUGGGGCUCGUCGUCCCCAGGAACCAGGUGACCUGCCUGUCCGUGUCUACCGACGGCAGCGUGCUGCUCUCCGGCUCCCACGACGAGACCGUGCGCCUGUGGGACGUCCAGAGCAAGCAGUGCAUCAGGACGGUGACCCUCAAAGGCCCUGUGACCAACGCCUCCAUCAUGCUGGCACCGCUCAGCAUGCUGAGCUCGGACUUCAGGCCGGGCCUGCCCCUGCCCCACUUCAACAAGCACCUACUGGGCGCCGAGCACGGGGACGAGCCCCACCGAGGGGGCUUCACGCUGCGCCUGGGCCUCCACCAGCAGGGCUCGGAGCCCAGCCACCUGGAGCGGGCAGAGCAGCUGCACGCGGUGAUGAGCGGCACGAUGGAGAAGAGCGUCCUGGGCGGCCAGGACCAGCUGCGGAUCCGUGUGGCCGAGCUGGAGGACGAGGUGCGGAACCUGCGGAAGGUCAACCGCGACCUGUUCGACUUCUCCACGCGCAUCAUCACGCGGCCGGCCAAGAGAUGCACGUCGGGGCGCAAAGAGGUACCUGCACACCCACGUUCACAGCAGCACGGUCCUUAGUCACCGGACAUCCCCGGUGCCCGUCCACGCACGAAGGGUAGACACACUCCGUGGUCCAUCCACACGCCCGAAUGUGAUCCAGCCUUAGAAAGUGCCACCUGCCACCACAUGGACGGACCCCGAGGACACUGCGCGGUGACGGAAGCCAGACACAGAAGGACACGUCCUGCGUGACCCCACGCACGGGGGUCCCCUGAGGAGUCGCGUCCACAGAGCCAGAGAGCAGACUGGGGGAGCCAGGGGUGGGCAGGGGGCGGGGAGUCUGUGCUGCUUGGGGACAGAGUCUCAGUCUGGGGAGAUGGAAAGUUCUGGAGAUGGAUGGUGGGGGCGGCCGCACGACUGUGUGAGUGCGCCUGAUGUCACUGAGCUGUGCCCUUGGAAGUGGUCGCCAUGAGGGGCACCUGGGUGGCUCGGUCGGUUAAACGUCGACUUGAUUUUUGGCUUAGGUCGUGAUCUUGUGGUUCCCGGGGUCCAGCCCUGCGUCAGGCUCCAUGGAGCCUGCUUGAGAUUCUCACUCCUUCUCUCUGCCCUUCCCAGUUUGUCUUCUGUCUCUUAAAAAAAAAAAAAAAAAACAAAACAGAAAAAUGGUUAACGUGUUAAAUUUUAUUACGCAUUUUACCACAAUUGGGAAAAACACCUCCCGUGUGUUCACUUGUCGAGUCUGCUCGGCAGCCGGGAGAUGGGAACUAUUAUCGCCUUGUAAGUAUGGGGAAACUGAGGCACGGUGGUCAGGGAGCUGAUGCUGGGUCAUACAGCUGAGAAGUGGCAGUUCUAGAUCCCCGCAGAGUCUGGGCUCUUUGUCCCGGCCGCUGACCGUGGGGAGAGGAUGCAGAAAAGGCAGAAGGGUAGUGGAAACGGGCAGCUUCAGAGGGCACCCGUGUGUGUGCGCCCUCGGAGGGCCAAGGGCGGCCGGCUGGCAUCUGCUGAGCUGGCUUGGGGUGAGGGACCGUCCCCUGCCCAGGACGGGCCCCUCAUCCUGAGGAGUCGUGCUGUCAGAGGGACCUCACCACAGGGUGGGCAGAGCCCGGGCGGUGCCUGUGGGCUCUUUACCUCCUGGUGCCUCAGCCAGGACCAGGGCAGGUGGGUGGGCUCCCUGGUGCCAGGGGCCCCUGGCAGGACAGCAGUGACUCAGGCCAGGGCGCGAGCCUGCAACCUGGGACCUUCCCUGUCCUCGGGUGGCUGGACACGGUGGCCUUGUCGGCCGGAACCCAGGCACACAGCUCUGGACGCUCAUCUCCAAAUUGGAUCCGCACUGUUGGCUGCCGUUUGGCAUUUUUAUUUAUCUGAUGGAAUUUUAUUCCUGCCUCUGUAACACUGGCUCCAAAAGGAGAUGGUUUUGUGUGUGAAGAAUCGGCCGAGUGUAGAUUCGCUCAUUAGCACGGGAAUGUUCUGUGCCCUGAGAGGUGUUGAGACACUUCCCCCCGCCCCCCAACCUUGGGGAGGACGGGCUGAGAGGAUUCCGUGCAGGGUGCUGGUGGGCCUGGGUCAGCCAGUGUUUAGUGAGUACCUGCUGCAUGCCAGGGUCACGGGAAGAACCUGGUCAGAGCACGGGAGAAGGCUCGGGGGAUGGUAGGGGGCAGGGAGCUAUGGAAGCUUCUGGAGCAGUGGAGGGUGAUGUAACUGUCCUGUCUGAGCUCAAGCAUCAAUUACAGAGUGCCCACUGUGUGCGAGCAUCAGAGACCACAUUAGCAAGCCAGACCCACUCUUGCCCUCCCACUGUGGAGUAGGGAAGGUGCCACUAAAUAAAGCAGAUAAACCAA